GAAGGUUUCACCCAGAUCUCACAGAACAAGGUGGCAGUGCUGCUCCUGGCUGGAGGACAAGGAACUCGCCUGGGAGUGAGCUAUCCCAAGGGCAUGUACGACGUGGGCUUGCCCAGUGGCAAGACCUUGUAUCAGAUCCAAGCAGAAAGAAUCCGCAAAGUGGAGCAGCUCGCUGGCCAGAGACACCACUGCAAGUGCACCAUCCCCUGGUACAUCAUGACGAGCGAGUUCACGCUGGGGCCAACAGAGGAGUUCUUUGUAGAACACAACUACUUCAACCUGGAUAGAUCCAAUGUCGUCAUGUUUGAACAGAGGAUGCUGCCUGCUGUCACCUUUGAUGGAAAAGCCAUGUUGGAGGAGAAGGGGAAAAUUGCUAUGGCUCCAGAUGGCAAUGGUGGCUUAUACCGUGCUUUGAUGGAUAAUAAGAUCUUGGAUGACAUGAGGCAGCGUGGAAUCCAGUAUGUCCAUGUGUACUGUGUGGACAAUAUCCUCGUGAAAAUGGCAGAUCCAGUCUUCAUAGGCUUCUGUGUUUCCAAAGGCGCAGAUUGCGGUGCCAAGGUGGUGGAGAAGGCCUACCCCACAGAGCCUGUUGGGGUGGUGUGCUGUGUGGAUGGGGUCUACCAGGUGGUGGAGUACAGUGAGAUCAGCCUGGAGACCGCGCAGCAGCAGAGCCCGGAUGGGGGACUGAUGUACAGCACUGGCAAUAUCUGCAACCAUUUCUUCACAGUUGAGUUCCUGGAGACAGUGGCCCAGAAAUAUGAGCCGCAGCUGAGGCAUCACGUAGCCAUAAAGAAGGUGCCCUACAUUGACGAGGAGGGAAAUCUGGUAAAACCGCUAAAACCGAACGGGAUAAAGCUGGAGAAGUUUGUGUUUGAUGUGUUCCAGUUCUCUAAGAAUUUUGUGGCAUUUGAAGUUUUGAGAGAAGAGGAGUUCUCGCCACUAAAAAAUGCAGACACAGCUGACAAAGACACUCCUACCACUGCUCGGCAAGCCCUCCUGGCCCAGCAUUACCGCUGGGCUCUCAAGGCUGGGGCCAGAUUUCUGGAUGAAAGUGGUUGCAGGAUACCAGAGAAACUCAGUCUCUCAGGAACUGAAGAUCCUCCAGCUGUGUGUGAGAUUUCUCCAUUAGUGUCUUACUUUGGAGAGGGUCUGGAGGCGUACAUGAGGAACAAAGACUUCCCUUCUCCCUUUGUGCUCAAUGAAAAGAAAGCGGAAAUGCUAGGGAAUUCUUGA